AUGUCGCUGGAGUCACCCACAUAUCUCAGCUCCCUACAAAACAAUAUUCGGGCCCGGCCAAUUCCGUGGGAUGGCGCCGUUCGGGCGGGGAACAUCACCGAGGACCACCUGAAGAAGAUCAAGGCGGUGGAUAAGGUGCGCAAGGACCAGCGUCGCCAGACAAUAGAGGCCGACCUUGCUGGGUACACAAGUCUGUUGGCUGGUGGUGAACAGGGAAAGAGUGUCUUGGAUUCCGCAGCCCGUCGGACCGAUAUCGUGCAAUAUAUCUUGGUGCUGGCAUCGGAUUUGAUCCAGGACGUCCCUUCUCUGGCCGACUCGCUCGUUUCGCACCCGGAACCAUACAAGCCAUUCCUACCAUUCUUGCAUCAUUCGACGAAUGCCGAAGACCCGAUUCCCUUGCUUACUUCUACGUUUCUCACAGCGCUCGUGUCGCACAGUCUUUUUCUUUCCUCCAAGCCUGCUGCCCGCGACGAGGAAGCUCUCCCGCAACUGUACACCUAUCUCUCGACCUUAACCAAGAACCAGGAUAGCGGGCUCCAGGAUAUUGGCGUCCAAGGAUUCUCGGAGUUACUUCGCAAAGCACAAUCUCGGAAAAUCUUUUGGACUCAGCGCCAAGAGACUUUGGAGCCCUUGAUCGAAACUCUUCGUGCUGCCGCGGGGACCAAGGAAAAUGGAACGUCAGGAAGCAGCACGCGCACCAUCGAGCCUGGCCUCGCCGGUGGAGUCGGUCUUCAGCUGCUGUACCGGGUACUGUUGGUAGUGUGGCAGCUCACGUUUGAGAGUGCUCUGGUGGGCGAGGAACUUCAAGAGAGCUAUGAGAUCGUUCAACUCUACACCCAACUUCUGCGCCUGUCACCAAAGGAGAAAACCACGAGACUGCUUAUCGCCACGUUGUACAAUCUCUGUUCAAGCAACCGAACGGCAUUGCUGCCCGUGGCUGUGUUCGUUCGGCUCCCGGCCCUUUUGACCAACCUUGGUGGGCGCCAUCUGACCGACCCCGACCUCCUCGAGGACCUUAAUACGCUGUCUACCAUGUUGGAUGAGUACACCAAGACACAGACUACCUUCGAUGAAUAUGCGGCCGAACUUCAGUCCGGCCAUCUACGCUGGUCCCCUCCUCAUAAAAACCCGACUUUUUGGAAGGACAAUGCACGCCGGAUCCUGGAUGAAGCGAAUGGCGCACUGCCCAAGAAAUUGGCCGAGAUCCUAUCAAAGAACUGGGAUAAUGACAAGCAGGUGCUGGCUAUCGCCUGUAACGACGUGGGGCACCUGGUCAAGGAGUUGCCGGAACGACGCACUCAAAUGGAGCGACUGGGCCUGAAGACACGAGUGAUGGAACUGAUGGCCGACCAAGAUGAAGCGGUGCGGUGGGAGAGCCUGCGAGCCGUCGGGGAGUGGAUGCGGGGCUGCGUUUCCCCCAAAUUCGCCACGCGGAGACUCGAAACGUGGAGAUCGUCGGGUUCCCCGCAGGAAUUCUUCACCAACCUCGAAAACCGCGUUCCCCAUGUCGAGAUCGUUCACCGGCUGCAAGAGAUUGGGGAGGGCGGGCAUUCUCGCGAUCGCGGUUUGGAGCCUGCGUCGGGACUGGAGGCAUGCAAAGACUGGGUUCGUAUUGAAGAGAAGAAUUCCACAGAUAUGGCCAGGGUGAUGGAGUCGCUAAUCGUCGCAGAAUACUCGCCGGGCGAGUUUAUCUACACCACGAAAUCGGCCAGCGCCGAGUCGGACCUGACCUUGACGCAGCCCGUCGACCCUUUCUCGUCCUUGUCCUCGGAUCAGCGUGCCCUGCUGCACCAUUUCAUCAAUGAUGCCUCUCAGAUCACCGCGUGCCACUCGGGCAUGCAACAGGAUAUCUGCCGGAUGCUUGUGCCUAUGGCCCUGCAAACUCCCUCGUUACUCUAUGCCACCACUGCCCUCUCCGCAAUUCACUUGCAAGCCCUACAGAAUCAGUCCGAGAGUGUCAAGUCUGCGCCAGACAUUGCGCGGUUGAUGGCACUCAGUCUGGAACAUUUUCGCACAGAACUUCAAAAUCCCUCGACCAAGGGCUCGGAGGCGCUGGUCGCGACGGCCCGGACGCUUUGUCUAGCAGAAAUACAUUCCGGCGCCAUCCAUCCAAAUUCCUGGAGGGCUCACAUUGAGGGGGCAAGGGCAUUGAUGAAGGCGGCAGAUGCCGCUGGGGAGGGAUCCUCGCUCCAGUCUGCAGGCGGCUUCCGUCCGUAUCUGGAUCGAUGGUACUGGUCGAUUGUGUCGCUCACAGCAUUGACGGGGAAUGGUCCGCCGAUUGGGGAUAUCUCAGACUCCGCUUUGUUUGGUCCCGUCGAUCAAGGAGAUUCCCCAGACUAUUUAGAUGACUACUGGGGCUUCACAGUCGACCUUGCAGCAGUUUUUCGCCAGAUCGGCGCCGCCGCCUGGCGGAACCAUCAGGCCGAGGCCCAGGGCUUUGUCGAGGGCGAAAUCGACAGCAACGUCGAAGAUGAGGCCGCAUGUCUGGAGCUAUCCAUUCAACAACUCAUGGACCGGGGCGCCAAGUCCCAGCCCUCGCUUUACCCCGGGGUCGCCGAAGGACUGUCCGCGGAAAGCGUCCAACAACUUGCGCUCUGCAACGAGGCAUUUCAACAUAGCGCGCUUAUCCAGAUCCACCGACGUCUACGCAAAACACCGACGAGGUCGCCCGACGUGCAACAGUCUGUCCAACGGAUCCUGGACUGCGCGACCCAGAUCGGUCCGUCGUCUGGGCUCAGCCCAUGGGUGAUUCUUACGACGCCGCUGUUUAUUGCUGGUUGCGAAGCGCGGGGCGAUGAUCGGGAUACCGUGAGACAUCUACUGGCAUCGCUGCAUGAUACGAUCCGAGUCCCGAAUGUGCUGCAGUCCUUGAAGUUUCUCGAGCAGUACUGGGCGAACCAGCUAACUGAAGACGAAGACUGGAGCCAUUUUCUUGAUCGAAUGAGAUUCGACUUCAUUCCCUAUUAA